GCAGCAAAUUCGGCUCCGUUCAAUAAUUGUCAUGCUUCUACUAUUGUUGAGGUGAAUAAAGGUCAUUUCUUGGUUGCUUAUUUUGGUGGUACAGUAGAGGGAGCUCCUGAUGUUAAAAUUUGGGUGCAGACUUUUAAGAUACUGCAUGCUUUUUGCUUGCAAACCAAUUACUGCAUCUUGCUUACUUUGUUGCUGAACAGAUGGUUUGAGUUUAUAGUUCAUUUAUAUCAGCUAAGUCAUUUCCAGAACUUACUAUUGUCCUUUUCUAAAUAUCAUUUCAAACUAAUUCAUAUGCCAGUCUCCAUAUGACUUAUCAUUUUGACACUGACAACCCUUUAAACUUGCCAGUAAAUUUCAUUUAGACACUUGAACUACGACUUGUUCCAAUUAAGUACCUGAACACAUGAUAAAGUGUUCCUAUUAGACACUUUCGGUUCAAAUUUUGAUAUAUUUUUUUUUUUUUUGCACUUGUUCUCAAAUGCCCAUUAUGUAGAUGAAGUUAAUCACUAAAAAUAUGUUACCUCCUUUAAUUAUAUGCAUUAGCCUCAAUAAGCCGUAAAACCCCAGGCAUGUUCCAAUUGAGGUUGAUGUGUAUAAUUAGAGGAGAUCACAUGUUUUAUGUGGUUAACUUAACUACCUAAUAUAUGCUUGAGAACACGCUCAGAAGUGUCUAAUAGGAACAUUUUAUCAUAAGUUGAGGUGUUCAAUUGGAACAAGCCGUAGUUCAAGUGUCUAAGUGAAACUUGCUCGCAAAUUUAAGGGGCUGUCAAUGUAUUAAGCCUAUGUUUUUUAACUUAUUAUGGGAUAAUUCAAUUGAAAACAUGGAACAUUUUGAGCAGGAUGGCCAUUGGACUGCUCCUGUUAUUGCUGACGAGCAAUUUAAUGUCUCAAUGUGGAAUCCUGUACUGUUUAAGCUUCCUUCCAGUGAAAUACUCUUAUUCUAUAAAAUCGGGCAAGAGGUACAAAAAUGGAGUGGAUGCUUGAAGCGGUCUUAUGAUGGUGGUGUUACAUGGACGGCAAGAGAACAGCUUCCUCCUGGUAUAUUGGGGCCAAUAAAAAAUAAGCCAAUCUUGCUGGAAAGUGGUACCUUGCUUUGUGGAUCAUCUGUGGAGAGUUGGAACUCUUGGGGAGCAUGGAUGGAGAUGACUGCUGAUUCAGGUAGGACGUGGAGGAAGUAUGGUCCAAUAUACAUCGAGAAUAACCCUCUUAGUGUGAUUCAACCCGUUCCUUACCAGACUGCAAAUGGGACAUUGCGUAUUCUUCUAAGAUCAUUUUCUGGCAUCGACAAAAUCUGCAUGUCGGAGUCCCAUGACGGUGGUUAUACUUGGAGUUAUGCAAAGCCUACUGAAUUACCCAAUCCUAACUCAGGGAUUGAUGGGGUUAAGCUGAAAGAUGGUCGUCUUUUGCUUGCGUACAAUACCAUUUCUAGGGGUGUGCUCAAGGUAGCACUCUCAGAAGAUGAUGGAGACUCAUGGCAUGAUGUUGUCGCACUCGAGGAAACAGCUGGAGAGUUCUCUUAUCCCGCUGUUAUCCAAGCUAGUGAUGGAUUAGUUCACAUAACUUAUACAUACAACAGAACACAAAUCAAGCAUGUAGUCCUUCAACCCAACUAACGGAGUACAGCAACAUGAGAACCUUUUGAGUAGAGAAGGUGUAUAAUCUUAUUUGUGCCUUAGAACUGCUGGAAGAAUUUGAUAGACCACUCAUUUAAGACUAAUCUCACACAUAUUUUGUGAUUGUAUUUGUUUUUUGGAUGAAUAAUUAAAGAUUUGCCAGUGCAUCAUGCAUAAUUGCAGGUUGUGCAAUCCCUC